AUGCCGAACUUUCAGGAAAUUACAGCAGCUUCAGUGCAAUCACGAAGCCGCAUUCGCCAUCACAUCUACCAAACACCUCUCAUCCCCGCCAAAAAGGUUGGCCGCGAUCUCAAAGCCAACGUCCUUUUCAAGGCUGAAAACUUUCAGCUCACGGGAUCUUUCAAAAUCCGAGGCGCCAUGUCCAAGCUGUCGGCGUCAGGACAAGGUCGAUUGAUCACUGCUUCGUCUGGCAACCACGGCAUUGGCUGCGCUUUGGCAUCGCGGACUUUAUCCAAGGAUUUCACCAUCGUCCUCCCCGAGACUGUCGUUUCUGCCAAGUUAAAUGCGAUCAAGUCAUAUGGUGUCGAGGUAAUCCUCCACGGCGCUGAGCCUGGUGCGUCUGAGCAACAUGCCCAGAAGCUUGCGGCCUCGGGCGAUUAUACUUAUAUAUCGCCAUACAACGACCCCGAUGUCAUGGCGGGUCAGGGUACCAUUGGCCUCGAACUUCUUGAACAAUGUGACCAUAUCGAUAACAUCUUUAUCUCCAUGGGUGGCGGUGGACUCAUCAGUGGCAUCGGAUCCGUCCUCAAAGCAAACAACCCACGAAUCAAAGUCUACGGCGUUUCAACGAUCAACUCAAAGGCUCUAGCUGCUUCGAUGGCAGCAGGUCACGUCGUUGAGACACAACAUCUCCCCACCUUGGCUGAAGCUUGUGCCGGUGGCAUCGAUGAGGACACAAUAACCCUCGGACUGGCAAAUGCAGUCAUCGAUGAACUGAUUGACUGCAAUGAAGAUGAGAUUAAGGAGGCACUGAAAGAACUUGCUUGGUCUGAGAGUAUGAUUGUUGAAGGGUCUGCUGCCUUGGCUCUUGCUGGUUUCAACAAGGUGGCUUCAAAACUGGCUGGGCAAACCAGUGUCAUUCUCCUCUGCGGGUCGAAUUAUGAUCAAGCCAUAAUCAAUAAGAUAAUCUCUGAACUAUAA